AUGAACAAAGCUCGAAGACACAGUUUCAAUGAAGGGGAUGGUUAAAAACUUAAGACACUCAAUGUUCUAUAUCCAAAUACUUUUGUUAAAUAACAUCAGUUGGACAAGAUAAGAGAGCAUGAAAGAAAAAAGAUGGAAAGAUUAGCUCUUUAACUUAGAAAGUAAUUUGCAAUAACUUUGAAAUAGAAAGAAUACAAUUUUAUCCUCCUGUUAGAAAUAACCAGAAGCUAACUUUAGGCCUUGCUAAAGACAAUUGAUACUACAUAAUCAUGAAAUUAAAAUCUAAUCAUUAUCAUCAAGACAUAGUUCUUAUGAAGGAAUUAAAUAAAUAUUUUAGAGAAAGUAAUUUGUAGAAUCCAAAUAUAAAAUUGAUAAAUUAAUAACAAGUCCUUAACCAAAUGCAGAAAAAGAAAAUCUAUGCAAUAUUUACAAUUUAAGGCCUAAUUUAGUUAUAAAUAAAUUGAUUGAUAGUGAAUUUUAGAGAAAGAGUAUUAUGUAAUAAUUUAAGAGACUUUCUAAAAUUGGAAAAUCCAAUUCAACUCAUUACAGUGUGAAAUCUAUAUUAAUAUGA